CCUGGUGAAUUAAAGUUUAGAGCUUUACAAAGAGAAGAAAUAGACAGUGUCAGUGCCCUUUAAAAUACCAUUGGCCAACUGAAGUUACACAGGUGUUUCUGUGAAAAGAAGAAUACUGAUAAAAAUCAGAGCUGUUGUACUACAUCCAUAAGCUGAAAUAUCUGCAAGUGACAGUCAGCCACCUUGAAGAAACAGGGGUGGGAAGAUCUGUCAAUGCUCUUCGACAUCAUUCGGGUCUCGUAGGGGACAAGGCGAGAGCACUUGUCAACAAAUGGAAGAUGAUGGUGACUGCAGAAGAGGAGGAGGAGGAGGAAGAGGAGGAGGAGGAGGAUGAUAGACAGAGGGGAGAUCACACAGAAGAAGAUAGGGGAGGAGGAAGAUUAAAUGUACAGCGGUCUGAAAGAGAGGAGGAAGAUGAUGAAGGAGCUGUAGCAGAGCCAGAUGAUGAAAUCAGGGAAGAGGAGGAUGAAGAAGACAGACUCCAAAUUGAAGAGUGUGGGGACAUUGCAGACGACUAUGAGGAUGAGGUGGACUCAGGAACCUAUGGCUAUGGCCAGCAGAGCUCUCCUGCAGGUGGGGAAAACAGCAAUGGGUACAACCCCUACACAUCACAGAAAGACUACCAGUUACUCAGUGGUAGCUCAGGAGUCUCAACUGAAUAUCAUCCCUCCAGUAUGGAUGCCAAGGCCUCCAGUUACAGCUCCCCAGAAGGCUCAUCAGGACCCAGCUGGAAAGAGGCAUCUCCAAGCAUAUCUGCAGAUAGGAGGAAUGGUAGCAGUUCCAGCAAGUCCUCGUCAAAAAAGAAUAGUAAAGAGGACAAAGAUCGGCAUAGGGAGAAAGAGAGACACAAGGAAAGGGAGAAGGAGAGAAGUAGGGAUACCUCAGGAGGCCAUGAAAAAGACAGAAAAAAGGAUCACAAGGAAAAACACAAAGACAAACACAGAGAUAAGGAUAGAGACAAAUCUCACAAAGAUAAACACAGGGACAAAGAUAGAAGUAGUGAUAGGCCUAAAGAAGAGUCAAGAAGAGAGGAGAGUGCAGAUGGACAAAGAGAAGAAAAAGACAGAGGAAAGAAGAAAGAUGUGCUCAAUGGCUUUAGUACCCCGGAAAUAGAAAAAAGAUCAGCUGGAAAGCAUGAAAGCAGAGACGGUGCAAAAAGAAAUGUGGACGAAAAACGAAAAGAGAAAAGUGAAAAGAGUAGUCAUGGGAAAUUAGAGAGUACAAGUAAAGAAAGUUCAAGAGAAAAAGAGGGACGGGAUAGACAUGAUACAAGUAAAGAGGGUACUCGAGAAAAGGAGAGCUCUAGUAAAGAGAGCAAUAGGGACAGAGAUAGAAGAAAAGAGGAGAAACACAGGGACAAACAUAGAGACAGCAGCAAAAGAGAUAGGGACAAAAGUGAUAGGGAACCAAAAAUUGACCAUAGAGAAAUAGACGAAGGUUCAGAAAGUGACAGAAAAGAUCUGAGUAAGAAGAAGAAAAGCAAAAAGCAUGAUAUGAGUGAAGGACUAGACUUCGGUGCAGCUUUGAUGGGCUUAGAAUCACCAGUGAAAAAGAAAAAGAAGAAAAAGAAAAAAGACUCACAGAAAGACAGGGAAAGUUCAGAUGAGGGACAGCCAUCCUCAAGCAAGUCAUCUAAUAAGAGAAUGCUAUCUGAUGGGGGAGGUUUACCAGAUGCUAAGAAGCAAAGAUUAUUGGCAAAGCCACCAACCUUACCCUCCCUGCCGUCCUCAAUAAGUCUGCCGCCAGAGGAGCCCUUGCUUCCAGAGAUAACACCCAAUUACAAGCCACUGCCAAGACUUCAGUUAAAAGAUGAUCCAAUGGAACACAUGUCCUCCAAGAUGACUGAAGAGGAGGCCCUAAAUAUCAUGUUUCAGUCAAAGAAUAACAGACGUAGUAAAAUGUACUCAGGGAAAGUAACUGGAUUGGCCUAUGUGCCAACACUGUAUGAAGCCUGCAUCAGAGUCUUACAAGAAAAUAUUGAUGCUCUUGAGUUUACUGGUGGAAUUCCCUUUGAGAUUCUGCAACCAGUUCUAGAGCGAGCAUCUCCACAACAGCUUAUAACUCUUGAAGAUUAUAAUUCAUACUUAUUAGAGGAUACAGAUGUGUUAUGGGAAACCCACUGUAAAAGAGAUUUCAAGAACAAAAAAUUAGAAGAGAUGGAAACCUGGAGAGAGAUGUGGAUUCGGUGCUUUGAUGAACGUGAAAGGAAGCUGAAGAACUUGACUCAGAAGUUAGGCCAAAAGUUUGUUUCCAAAGCUGAACCAAAGCGUACAACCAAAUUGGCUUUUGUGAACACUGCAUGCAAAGUGCCAAAGAAUGUUGCACGUGCUCAGGCAAAGUAUGGGACAGCAGUUGCAUCGAGCUCUGCAGCAAAACCAGGGAAGGCCAAUGAGGUGGCAGCCAGAAAAACGGCAAUGCAGAAUGCACAAAAAGCAGAAAGAGCAGCAGCAAAUCCUCCUCGUCCUACAGCAGCUAAGAACAAGAAGGUAGCACCCCUUAUGGCCAAGACGCGACAGUUCUUCAAGAAAGCGUUCCGACGUUGAGCUCCUCCUGAAAGCAUUCCAGGAAGGGCAUAGGUUUGCCAGCUUCAAGCAGACUAAACAGAUGAAAGUGGUACUCAGCCAAAGGUUCAUAUUUCUAUCCAUUUUAGUUUGGAGAUACCAGUGUAGAGUAAUGUUUUCAGUGUUGCAGUGUCAUGUGUUACAUUUGGUCUUUUAAAACCUUUCAAGAUUGACAUAUCCAUCUAUACCGUUUAGAGAGAAGGGUAAUAUACAUGUGUAUGUUUUUCCCUUGCUUUUUUUUCUUUUAUUUUUAUUGAUUAUUUUUUUCUUUCUUUCUUUUUUUCUGCUUUCCAAAUUACAGUGGGUACAUUACAUAUUCAUCUCCUUGCCAUAUGAAAGUAAAGUAGUAACAAUAUGCAUGUAUCUGCUAACCAUCACACAAAUGUACUCAUUUAAUCAAGUGCUCAAACCUACUACUCUGACCUACUAGUAUACACUCACAUAUCCACCUAUCCAUCCAUCCGUUAUGACACAAAAAAUGCAUAAACACAUAGAAACACAAUCACAGAAACCCAACCCCAGACAGAAACUCCUGCACACACACACCUCAAAUGGAAAAACACAGACACAGAAAGACCCACACACCAAUGCAGAAACACACACAUCCACACACCCCAACACAAACAUAUGUACACACAAAUGCACUCACUCACACACUAACUC